ACAUCACCGCCACCGGGCCAUUUACAUCCAAACUGCCUGCUGGCCCUGACGACGUCGCCAUCGCUAGCUAGCAUCAGCUCGGUUAACUAAAAGUUAGCUAUCGGCUAAGCUAGGUCUUUCGAUUGGUACACAGAGAAAUACCACGUUCAUCAUCGUAAGAAAACUUACCUUUUUGGGGAAUUCUAGUUUGUGGAAUUGGAUGUACAUCACUCCAGGGACGCAGGUACAAAGUAAGUAGUUGGUCGAGGAAUACGUCAUCAUCAGGCGACACGUGUUGCUGCUGUCCUAGCAAGCUACUGUCGACCUAGCCUCAUUCUCCAGACUGAGUCAGUAACCGCUGUUUUGAGUCUCGAUGACGGCCUCCACUCGCAGGACGGUGUUGUCACUGUACAUGCGGGUGUUUCGCCUCGCCCGAAGCUGGCAGGCACAGAGUGCAGUUAUAAGUGACACGGAGUCUGAGAGGAAAUACAUACGUCAGGAGGCCUGCACUUUGUUCAGGCAGAACCAGCAGCUCACAGAUGAAGAAUCAAUAAAGCGGUGUAUAGAAGAAUGUGAAGCAAGGAUAGAAAUAGGUCUACAUUACAGGAACCCGUAUCCCAGGGCUAUGCACCUGCCACCUCUGGGACUGGCAACUCAGAAAGGCAGGAAGCUGCGAGCGCAGCAGCGCCUGAGGAAGCAGGCCAAGCCAAUAUACUUACAGUCACAUGACGACACCUGAUGCUCAAUAUCCUCCCUCCACGCCAAGAGUUCAAGUUACCAGGGGCAGGAAACUAGAGUGCAUUCACAAACUGAUCUCGUGGGCCGAAUUGCAAGCACUCAAUGAUGCAAGAACAGCCAUCAUUCAGGAAAAAGCCAUUUCUCAUUGUACUUCGACGUGAGUUCUGACUGUAGCUGAAGAGUGUCGGCUCCUGUUCAGCUCAGGAAAGGUCAGGGUGGAGUGACCUGUAAUAUAAGAUCAAGUUGUAUAUUUUAUUUACUUUAAUGUGUAAAGAUUGUUGUAAUACUUGGCAUUCUUUAAAUAAAGUUGUCUUUCAUUCUACUAA